AUGGCGAUGUGGGUAUUCGGAUACGGCUCUCUUAUAUGGAAAGCUGGGUUUAACUAUGAUGAUCGUCUUGUUGGCUUCAUCAAAGACUAUCGCCGUGUCUUCUACCAAGGGAGUACCGAUCACAGAGGAACGCCCGAGUAUCCUGGGAGAACUGUCACAUUGGAGCCCGCUCCAGGGGAAGUCUGUUGGGGAGCUGCUUACAUGGUAUCCAAGGAAGAAGAUAAACAAGCUGCGAUAACGCAUUUAGAAAUACGGGAGAAGCAGUAUGACAAGAAAGCUUACGUUGAUUUCUUCACUGAUCCCACAGCCACAACUCCAGCCAUUUCUGGAGUAAUGGUGUACAUAGCAUCUCCUGACAAGAACCUUAAUCCGAAUUACUUGGGGCCUGCUUCUCUACAAGACAUUGCCAAGCAAAUUGUUCGCGCCGAAGGCCCGGGGCCAAACAGAGAAUACCUUUUCCAAUUAGAAAAAGCUCUUCUUCAAAUUGGUUGUAAAGACAAACAUUUAAUGGAUCUUGCAAAUGAAGCAAGGCGCAUUCUUUCAGAAGCUAAGUGCACUGCGUCAUAAUGCAAACAUGUUGGAAAA